AUGGAUGUGAACAGCGGCGACGAAGGUUACGACCACCAUGAGAAGACCUUCAUUGGGAAAAUGGAGGCACGGAGAGAUGCGAACAAGGGAGUGAGGGACCUGAGGGAAAUACGUGGGAGAGGAGGAGGAGGCACCGAGCUGCAGGGGAGAGAUCCAGGAACGACCAGACCUAUCGACGCACCCAACAUCGACGCACCCAACAUCGACGCACCCAACACCGACGCACCCAACACCGACGCACCCAACAUCGACGCACCCAACAUCGACUCACCCAAACGCGACUAG